AAACGACCUUUAAAACCAAUUAAUUCACUAAAACCAUCACCUGGAGAAAGAUGACGGGCAAGAAAGCGAUCGAUAGUGACGUCACUAAGAUGGUCGUCAUGGGAGGCCGUUACGAAAUGGGAGACUUUUACGACUGCCGAAACGACCGCAUAGUAACAGGUGGGAAAUGCUGGGAUUCGGAAGAAAUAGCGGGAGCUAUGUGGAGCGACAAUCGAUUUACUUUGAAAUUAAAAAGCCCUGAAUCGGGCUCUACCAGCAACAAGUGGCAAAACAUGGGACUUAAAGAGCAUUCGCAGGCCAGCUUCAUGGCCGGUCUGAUUGAAAAUGAUCGCGGAGCUGCAAAGUACCUGAUUGAUCGAGACGGUUUUUCAGAAGCUAGUCAAGUCUUCAUUUGCCGAGCCAAGUCAAGAAAAUUGCGGCUGGACUACCAGACUCUUAUCAGCCAAGACGUUCCGUGUCUGCAGGAUUUCGGAGAAGAAAAAAACUCGAAAAUGAAUCCAACCCAUGUUGUGGUAGGCGUCACAUACGGAGCCGAAGCCUAUUGCGUCCUGACGUUGGAGUCGGACGAAAACGUUCGAAAAGAUACCGAAGAGUAUCUGUCCAAAAUUGCAAGCAAAAUGGAGGAGGCGUUGGACCACUAUCUCGAACUCGGCGACUUUAAGGAACAGUUUGAUAAGAAAGAUAAGAUCCAACUGAGUCGCGUAAAAUGUCGCCUGUAUGCCGAUUUCCAAACUCCUGCUCUCCGCGAGUGCGGAGUCUUUGAAGCCUACAAACAAUGCUUCAAGCUUAUCCAGAAAGUGCAAAGUACGGACGCCACAAACAACGAAUCCAUUCCGAUCGCCAUCUUUCUUUGCCCUCUUAAAGCUAUCAUGGGAAACGUCGAUGGUAAACGCUUCGAAUAUCACGACGUCGAUCCAGAACUGGUGGCACGUUGCGGCCGGAUUUGGAACGAACUGGAUCGAAUCUGCGCGAAAUCGGCUGCAUUUCGCGUUGUCAACAAAAGAGCCGAUAAAGCAUCAUUCCUUCAAUUCGAAGAGGGUAUCGCUAAGUACAAAGCACUCGUGGAAAAGAGUUUGAAAAACGGCGUCACGAAAGCGCGAGAAACUGGACAGCAAGACGAAAUUGAAAAGGUCAUCAACAUCGCCGAAAAGCACUCGAUUUUCAGUCCAUCUCGUUUGGAAGAAUGGCUCCAAUACCAGCAAGCCGAGUGCGAGAUGUACGAGAAGAUCGGCAGUAUGACCAACAUCGUUUGUUUGUCAAGCAACGAACUGGAAAUGGAACUGAAAAAUUCGAUUGACGCUGAAUAUGCGCUGGUACUCGGCGUUCCAUUAUUGAACGAGCGGAUGAACAGUACACUAUCGGCCAUGAAGAACUACGUCGCUUCCGAAUUUAUGCCCAUAAGAGAAUAUUCAAAUGGCGACGCAGACUGCGACGGCAGCGUAGAUUUCUGGAACGGCAUCCAACGGAAGCAGAAGCACGUAUUCGCCAAAAUCCGCGAGUUUACCCAACACGUCGAAAAGAAUAAGCACCUAGAGGACACCGUGCAAUUCUUGAUUGAACUCGGUCAAUCGGCCGAAGAAUUCCGCUGUCGCUACUCCGUUUACGAAAACGAAUGUUUACUUAAUGGCAACUUGAACAAAUUGCCCGGUUCCCCUACUGGCCUACGCAUUCGCGCCCCGAAAACGCGUACUGUCAGGAAAACAGGUUCUACGUACCCCAUCGAUCUCGAGUGGGACUACGAAGACCUCGGUUUUCCGUGUUACUUCUUGGUAGAAUAUCGGCUGGAUGGGAACAAGGAUGAAGAUUGGACGCAACGGAAGACGGCCAAAUCCGGUGAGACCCAACUGGCAAUCACCUACAAAAGUGGAUCGGCGAUGACGAUCCGUGUGGCGGCUGACACUUGCAUCGGUCGAAGUGAAUUCAGCCAAGUGGUCGACACAAUAACAAUGCGGGAACUUGACGAAGAUGAAGAGGCGAUAACUGAAAAGGGAAUUUUGGAUUCGGAAGCGGAUACUAGCGUCACCGCCAACGAUCAUGCGGAAAUGGAUCGGGUCAGUCAGGCUGAACCUGCAGCGACAAAUGUGUUAACGAGUCAACAGCCAAUAGAAAAUCAAAAUACUGAACCUAUUUUGCAGCCUACGUCUCGUGUCUUCACGUGCGACACGUCACGUGAAGGUUGGAAGGCGCCUGACUCUACCAGCAUGGCAAAGCAUGAGGAAACUUUGCUACGUAUGGACAGUGACGAAGAUGAAGAAGAUCUGGAAAAGGGAGACGACGGUGAGGAAUUACAAGAAGAAGAGAAAACAAGGACUAAGGCGAUCGAGCAAUUCGUCACUGAGAUGGUGGUGCUAGAAAGCGGAUUUCAAGUGGGCGACUUGUACGACUAUUGCAGCGAUCGCAUCUUGACAGCAGGCAGUCGGAAGUAUGUGGAGUCGAGCAAAAUAGGAUCGGGUAUUAAAGUGGCAAACAACUUCAGUCUGGAAUUUGAAUGCUGCGAUUCAAGUUCCAUGAGCAACAAGGUGGAAAAUAUGGGCCUUGAUGAGCACUUCCAGGCCAGCUACAUGGCCGGACUCAUCGAAAAGCCUCGCAGUAGCAGUAAGUACCUGAGCAACUGUUGCAGCUCAUCACAAGCAGCGCAAGUCCUCAAAUUCCGGGUCAAAUCAAAAGUGGUGCGAUUAGAUUUGCAGAAUCUUGCGAUUCAAGACGUUGCGCAUCUCAAUGACUUAAGCGAAAAAAGAAACUCGUCGAAAUGGAAAACUAACCCAACUCAUAUUGUGGUGAGCGUCACUUACGGAGCCGAAGCCUAUUGCGUCCUAACGUACGGUCUCAAAGACGCAGAGACAGACGACGAUUCUCGUGAAGAGGCUGAACAAUGUCUGUCCCAAAUCGCAAAUAAAAUGAGGGACGCGUUGGAUGAAAAACAAAAUUUAUCCGAGUUCAAGCAACAGUUUGACGUGAAAGAGAGAACUCAGCUGGCUGGUAUCAAAUGUAACCUGUACACCGAUUUGCAAACUACAAUUGUAAAGGAUUGCAGCGUCUUUGACGCUUAUAAAAAUUGCCUCAAGUUCAUCCAGCAAGUCGAGAAGACUGGCAUCGGAAACAACAAAUCCAUUCCGAUAGCUGUGUCUCUUUGCCCUCUUCAAGCCAUCAUGGGGCAAGCUGAGGAAGACCAGUUCAAAUAUCACGACGUCGAUCCAGAACUGAUCAAUCGUUGUGUCUCUAUUUGGGACGAAUUAGACAAAAUCUGUGCGACAUCCGUUGCCAUUCGCGGUGUCCAGAAAAAAGUCGGUAACACUUCAUUGCGUCAGUUUGAAGAGGCCGUUGGUAAAUACAAAUCUUUCAUGCAAACGAGUUUGAAAAAUCGCUUACGGAAAGCGCGAGAAACUGGACAGCAAAGUGAAAUAGAAAAAGUGGCCAACAUCGUCGAAAACCACGUGAUUUUCAAGCCGUCGCAUUUAGAACGUUGGCUCCUCUGCAAAAAGGAAGAGUUCAAUCUGCACGAAAAAAUCAGCAAAAUGGCAAAGAACGUUCGGUUAACAAGCGAAAAGCAACUAGAGAAAGAAAUUGGAAAAGCCUAUGAAACAAAAUACGCCAUGGUUCUUAGUCUCCCUUCUCUGGACGAACGGACGAACACAAUCCUUCAAGCGAUGAACGAAUACACUGAUUCAUAUAACACACUGGUAGCAAACGAUGACGGCGAUAACGAAACGAACGAUGAUGAGGAAGAAGAGAGCAACAUGCCAUGGAACCAGCAAAAGCAAAAGUAUGUCCUCUCCAAAGUUCGUGAGUUUGCUGAACACGUGGAAAAAAAUAAGCAUCUAGAAAACAAAGUCCAAUUCUUCGUGACUUUCUGUGAGACGGGCAAAGCCGAAGCAGGAUGUUCCUACUCCGUGUAUGACACUAGUAGCCUACAAAAGGACAAUAUGAGCCAAUUGCCCGAACCCCCAACAGGUUUGCGGAUUUAUGUGCCGAAAACGAGUAACCCUGCCAGAAAAAACAUCGCAUUGGCGUGGGACUAUGCAGAUCUCGGCUUCCCCUGCCAUUUUCUAGUGGAAUAUCGAUCGUGCGAUGGUAACGAUGAACCUUGGACGCAGAAGAGAACAACAACGCAGGGCGAAAAGCAGGUUACUAUCCCCUACAAAACGGAAUCAGCGAUAGAAUUCCGCGUUGCAGCUGACACUUGCAUCGGUCGAAGUGAGUUCAGUCAAGUAUUCAACAACGAGGCCGCGUCGGACGCUGACGAUGAUGAGGAAGCCAAUUUAGACACCAUCUCGAUGUACUCGGAAGAAGGAACUAUCAACGUUAGACAACGUUCCGAAUUGAACAGAACUGCCGCUUCAUUGCAAACCAACCGGUCAUCGACGCAAAAUGUAAGACCUGUGUUAAAACCUCCGACUGAUGUGGAGGUUGAAACGGUCACGCCGAGCACAGCAGAACUGGGAUGGACUGGAACUCGAAACAAGGGCGUCUCUUAUCGGGUUCGCUAUUGGCAAUACGGACAGGAUGAAUCGCAAGCUAGUGAACUGCAAAUCGCUGACGGUGAAACCGGCUGUCGGCUGGAACGUCUCCAGCCCGAAACGACAUACUGCGUCAAUAUCGUGGCCGUUUCAAACGGCGGACAGGAGAUGAGUGAGCCUAGUGAGACAGUCAACCUAAUGACCGUACAAGAACACGUCCGUUUCGCUGAAACUAUGGCCAAGCGUUUUAAGCCAAUCGGUGUUAGAAACGGGAUUGAACUCCUUCCCGUUCCACUUGCCAAAUCAACUCGAUCCAAUUCCAUCGUGGAGCGUUUCGUCUUUGGUAAGGAAGGUGGCGGUGCAAAAAGUGUACUACAGAAAACGAUUCUGGUGAUGGGAGCCACUGGUGCGGGCAAGACGACGCUCAUCAACGGAAUGAUCAAUUAUAUUUUCAACGUUGAAUGGCAAGACCCGUAUCGAUUUCAGCUCAUUGGCGAGCAACUGGUCGGCAAUUCGCAGAGCCAAAGUCAGACCAGCGGUAUCACGGCCUACGACAUCUAUCACGCCGAAGGAUUUCGUAUCGAUUACUCGCUGACGAUCGUCGAUACACCAGGCUACGGUGACACUAAAGGCCUCGACCGCGACAAGGAAAUCACGGAAAUGAUUCGCAAGUUUUUCGAGGACAAAAACGGCAUCCAAAAUGUGGACAUCAUUGGUUUUGUAGCACAAGCUUCGUUGCCUCGCUUGACGCCCACCCAAAUGUACAUCUUCGACUCUGUGCUUUCCAUUUUUGGUAAUGAUGUUAAGGAAAACAUCGACUUUUUGUUGACGUUUGCCGACGGCCAGAGCCCACCUAUUCUGACCGCUAUAAAACAGGCCGAGCUACCCUACCCAAAGGAACCUGAUACCGAGAUGCCACGCCAUCACAAAUUCAAUAAUUCCGGUUUCUUCUGCUCCAACCGCGAAUCCGGAAGUGAUGCCAGCAGCACCAGCGACAAAUUUAACAACUUUUUUUGGCGGAUGGGCAUGGAUAAUUUCAAGCGCUUCUUCGCCACGUUAGCCUCGAUGAAAUCGAAAUCGCUUUCGUUAACUAAACAAGUUCUGGAGGAGAGAAGGCGACUGGAAGCGACGGUGCAGGGGCUUCAACCCCUAAUCAAACACGGUUUGACUAAAAUGGAGGAGAUGAGAAAAACGAAGCAAAUCAUCGCAAACAGUCAGGCGCAGAUUGACGCCAAUCAAAAUGUCACGAUCGAGGUGGAGGUCAACGAAGCCGUGGAAGUCAAGUACACCGACGGUUGUCUAACCAACUGCAACAAAUGCCACUACACAUGUCACAUCCCGUGUUAUUUGGGAAAUACUGAUAAGAAGCUCAACUGCGCAGCUAUGGAUCACUCAAUGCCGGAAGCAAAUCGAUCGUGUACCGUUUGUCCGCAAAAGUGUAUCUGGAACCUGCACGAAAAUCAACCGUACAAGUGGGAGUACGAAAAGCGGAAGAAGACCACUACAUCAGACGCCAUCAAAGCAAAGUACGAAGCGGAAUUGAAAAAGAAGUUGACGGCCACCCAACUAGUUGAAGUUUUGGAAAAGGAUGUUAAGAAAAACGACGAGAUUAUGUUGCAACGGGUCGAUACUGUUACGCGUUGCAUCCGCCGACUUGACGAGAUCGCCUUAAGGCCGAAUCCGUUCUCAACUCCGCAGUACAUCGACUUGAUUAUCGACGCCGAGCAGAACGAAAAACGUCAAGGCUACAAAGAGAGGAUCGAGAGUUUGAAGAAAUUGCGCCACAUGGCUGUUGUUACAACCAAGAUUAAGAAUAAGGAAAAUCUAAUAAGCCCGGAUGGAAGAGACGAUUACGAGGCCCAGGCGGACAACGAUGAAGAGGGCGGCAAUGACACCUUGGCGUUGCAGAGCGCACAAACCGACAAAUCACCAUUACAGAAAUUUGCAAAGUUCUUGCCUUUUCGAAAGUAAAAUUUGAUUAUUUUUUGUUAUUGCAAUACUCGGGUAGAGCCAUCAUCUAUUUCCUGCUUAUCAAUUUGUUGUGAAGUAAUUGUCAAAAGUGAACGUGAAGUACGGAUGAAUAUUUCAAGGGAAGAAGAGGAUCACGGGUCGGAGGGGAAAAGACUUUCUCGUAUUGAUAAAUCGGAAUGAUUAAACAUUGGUUAAAUCGAGGUUGCAUAUGUAGUCAUGCAAAAAUGAAGCUAAUACAACUUGAGGCGCAAACCUA